UCGGCGCGCGCGCACCGUAAAUUCAAAGUUUUUUCGGCGUUUCGUUAAGAAUAGUGCAUUAGAAGUUACAAAAUCAUAGAACGAAAUUGUAGUUACUUACUUAUAAAAUAACAUUUAGAAUUUAAUUAAAAACUGUAACGUAAAAAACGCGAAGGACGUUGGACGUGUAUGAAAUCCAACGAAAGACUACGUUUAAACAUGGAAACACACUGUAUAGUGAUUACAAUACUGACGAUAAGUUCAGUGUACUGUGACAGUGUGUUCAAAAGUAUUCCCGUGACUGUAAAAACUUAUGAGAAUGACAGUGUGCUGCUGCCCUGCUAUAUUCAUGACACAGACGUCGACAUUCGUGUUCGGUGGUACAAAGGCGACACCCUACUCGGAGACAGUCGCGACCCCCACCAUCUCCUACCACCGAGGACGAGACUCCACGCCAACUACAGUCUGGAGAUCAACGACCUUGUAGCUGAUGACACUGCUGAGUACACUUGUGAGGUGAUCCGACCUAAACCAUGGGGCCCUAUUAAACAGACGCACGCCAUAGAAGUUCAGUCUUCACCCGUGAUCAGAACGAUACCAGAAGAUGGGUUCCUCGAGGUCAAGAAAGGGGAGUUUGUGGACAUCGGCUGCGAGGCUAGCGGCAUCCCACAGCCUUAUGUCACUUGGAAGAAGAAUGGGGAGCCCAUGGCUUUGAUAGAACAUCGGAACCGCAUCAAAUUUAAGGCUGAGCACCGUUUGCUGGCCGGUGUGUUUCGCUGUACGGCGGAAAAUGGGGUUGGAGACCCGGCUACAGCUGACAUUCGAGUCAUCAUUCACGAUGCUCCCGUUGUGACUGCUGUGCGUAGUUUUGUCCACACCGCAGUCGGACUGCGAGCGGCGUUGGCGGCGCGAGUAGAAUUCGCGGCUCCGAUGCCGCGAACCACGUGGUACAGGGACGGACGUGCUGUACACACUGAUGACAGGAUACACAGGGUAGUCCAUGACAACGUACACCAGCUGAUAUUCCGACGAGUCCAGGCGAGGGACCUGGGGAACUACACCUUCCGAGCCGAGAACUCGCUCGGUAUGGCCGAUGUCUCCUUCAAACUCACAGGUGUACCGAACGUGGCUUCUUUCAAGGUGGACCCGGCGCUGAACAAGGCCACUUCUACCGGCUUUACCCUCAUCUGGGAGGUCGACUCAUACUCCAAUAUCAUUGAAUACAACCUGUGGCUGCGACCGUACUACGGUCGAUUGGCGACAGAGCCUGACAGCUUCACUACACAGUCACCGGCCAAUCUCUGGCACAAGAUCAUCGUGCCCGGAGACUCCAGUGAUGGGCCAAUUCACAGUGCAACUUACACAGUGCGAGGUCUCACGCCUUCGACUGUCUAUGAAGCAAUAGUCACGUCAAGAAACAGUUUCGGCUGGAGCAAACCUUCGUCAGUCUUGCAUUUUGCGACUGAACCUGGAGCGGGAAACUAUUCUCCAGUAACCCACGAUUACAACGACUUCCCAAUAAUCCUCGAAGACCCGAAGGAAGCCCACAAUUUGACACAAGCCAAGGUCACCUACGGUGCCGGAUCGGCGGUCCGGCCAGCGGCCAUUUUGGUUUCAUUUGUAAGCUGCAUUGUGAUUGGUCGAUUUUGAGAGCGUUAGCUUAUUGCUAUUGAGUUUAAAAUUUAGAAUCGCUAGGUUUAGAGUUGAAAGGAAAGACACUAGUGUUGCUACGUUUUCAUUUCAAUAAUUUCUUCUCUGUACCUACCUAGAUUUGCAAAACUAUUUUUAUAGAUUAUUAUAUUUGUAGAUACAGUGGCGUCAUCUAUUUUCGUUUAACUUUUACUAUCUGUUUUUUACAAAGACAUAUUGAUAAUUUGAUAUGUCCUCUUAACUACACACACACACACAUUCGUGGACACGUAUGCUAUAGCAUACGCGUAGUCAUUUGUUUCCUUUGGUCUAUGACAGAUGACGUCACUAGCCGUCCGUGAACGUGUUAAGCAAGCGAGUGUGAAAGAGAAGGAUGACAAAAGUAUCGUUUUAUAUGUAAUUAUUGAAUGUAUAAUAACUAAAAUAUAUUGAUUGAAACUUGAGCCGUUUCAAGUGCUCGGUCUACCCAUUUUGGGAAUAAAGGUUUGAAUUUGUCUGUAAUGUGUAUGCUAAAAUAAAUCUGUCUGAAUAAUUAAACUGAUUUUCAACAAUAAAAUUGAUUUAUCUUGAAAGUUUAUAAGUAUGUUCUUUCUUGAAAAUUUAAUAUAUUGUAAUAGGCUUAAGGUUAGGUAUAAUCUUUAACAAAUAUUUUUGGAAUAAAAUUAUUGAAGCAAAAUGAAAUG